UAAGAACUAAGUCAAUUUUUACUAAGACACAGAUUUCUUAAGAAAAAUAGUUAGAAAUAUUAAGUUCCGUCAAAAAUUUUAUAUAAAAACUAGAAAAUAAAGUUAGAAUUACUUAAAAUUUGAAAUGACAGAUUCAACAAAGAAUAAAGUGUAUGAUGAAUCAUCAACUAUUUCAGAAAUUAAGUCAAAUAUCUAUCUUUUAGAGCAAGCAGUAGAACAAUAUGAACCAUAUUUGAUUUCAAAAGUUUUACGAACAACGUUUUUUUUAAGAAAACAUUUAAAUGGAGAGAUUCUUAAGGAAACGAUAAGAAAUAUAUAUAAAGGUAAAGAGAAGACUAAGGAUUAUCUUUUAAAUAUCAUAAAAAUGAAAACAAAUGAGAUGGAUUCAAAUAAUUCAAGGGAAAAAAAUAAGGAAAUAGCACCGGAAAUUGAUAUUUAUAUACAUUUAAUUAUACAAAUAUAUUUGUUAGAUACAAAAGAAUAUGAAAAAGGAGCAAUUUUUUCUCAAGAACUUGUUGAAAAACUUCAGACAGUUAAUCGACGAUCAUUGGAUAGAAUUUCAGCAAAAAUUUACUUUUAUUAUUCAUAUUUUUGGGAAAUGCAAGGAAAACUUUCAGAAAUCAGACCAACUAUUUUAAAAGCGCAAAGAACAGCAACAUUGCGUCAUGAUAACGAGACUACCUCAAUGAUUAUUAUUCUUUUGCUUCGUAACUAUCUUCAUUAUAAUUUGUAUAAUCAAGCGGAUCGUUUAGUAUCAAAAAUAAACUUUCCAGAAUUUGCAACAAAUAACCUUAUUGCACGAUAUUUGUAUUAUCUAGGAAGAAUUAGAGCGAUUCAGUUAGAUUAUACAUCAGCACAUUCUCAUCUUACAAAUGCAAUUCGAAAAGCACCUCAAGGAGCAAAAGCAGCUGGUUUUCUUCAAGCAGCACACAAAUUGAACAUCAUUGUAGAUUUAUUAAUGGGUGGUAUUCCUGAGAGAUCUAUUUUCCGGCAACCUAUGCUAGAAAAAGCACUUGUUCCAUAUUUACAGAUCGUACAAGCUGUAAGAAAAGGCGAUAUCACCCUUUUUACUGAUGCUUUUAAUAAACAUGGCAAUAAAUUUCGUUUAGAUGGCACAUCCAGUCUUAUAUUAAGAUUACGUCAAAAUGUACUCAGAACUGGUAUACGAAUGAUGUCAAUUAGUUACUCAAGAAUAUCCUUACGUGAUAUAUGUUUAAAAUUGCAUCUAGAUUCUGAAGAAUCUGCCGAAUAUAUGGUUGCAAAAUCCAUUCGUGAUGGUGUCGUAGAAGCAAGCUUAGAACAUGAAAAAGGAUACAUGCAAAGUAAAGAAGUCCCUGAUAUCUAUUCAACUCAUGAACCACAAAUUGCUUUUCAUGAUCGAAUUUUAUUUUGCUUAAAUCUUCAUGCAUCUAAUAUCAAAGCAAUGCGAUUUCCCAUGAAUAUUCAUAAACAUGAAAUUGAAAAUGCUGAAUCUGCACGCAAACGUAUCGAAAAUCAAAUCGUAGAAGCAGAAGAUGAUUUUCUUGAUUAAUUCUUUCACUUUAUUUUUAUUACUAAUUACGCUA